AUGCAAAUGGAUGAAGAAACUUAAGGAUUAGUACAUCAAUAAGUGAAGAAACCUAAAGAUCCUGAAACACGUGGCAUACUCUCCACUAUUUGUUAAAUAAUUCAACUGAUCAUACUAAUUUUAUUAGUUUACUUACUCUUUAAGUAUGCUUUGGCCAAUCAUAAAUAAUCGUUUUAGAUCCCUUAAAUCUAAUAAUUGAAAGUUAAUGAAAUAGAAAAUAUAGAUGAUAUUGAUAAUACUGUAGUUUUAGAUAAAGAAGAUUAAGACAUCAUGCAAUUUUUAACUAGUCCGGAAGAUGUUACUUAAUUUGAUAACAUUAUCCCAGAACCAGAAGAAGAACAUUUUGAAGAAUUAAUAUUUGAAGCUGAACCAUGGAAUGAAGGAUAAUUAUAAGGUUGGUAAUUUAAGAAUGGAUUAACCUUGAUUGUUCAAGAAAAAUUAGUAGAUAUUGCCACUUUGUAAUUUGUAAUCUAUCAUGGUUAUCAUGAUGAUGAUUAUAAUACAUUAUUCAUGCAUUUAUUACUGAAACAAUAGUGUUCCUAAGCAUAAUUAAUUGAAAGACCCUACAUGAGUACUAUAACUAUUCACUUUAAAAACGAAUUAAUGGAAACUUGUAUAAGAAAAUUUGCUGAUUCACUUGUAAGAGAAUAUACUUAAGAUGAUUUGGAUAAUAUAAAUAGUGAAGAAAUUGAAAUUAAUGACUUUGAUCUCAUUUCUAAAAUUGAUAGAGUCUUAGAUGCAAUAUCAUUAAAUAAUGAAAUUAUGACAGAACCAAUGUAGAUAUAAGAUUUAUAAAAUUACAUUGAGUUAAUAUUAGUUUCCAAUCCACUUAGAUUGACAAUAGAAUCUGCACUUUCAAAUUAAGAAAUAUAUAUGAUAGUUUCUGAUACUUAAUUAUUGUAAAAAGAAUUCGGAACAUCCAUUAUUGAUACUUGGGAUCUAGAGCCUAUUUUAUAUAAUCAAAUUAGAAUCAAUUCCAAUCUAACAUCAACAAUUUUGAUAUAUCCAACAAAGCAAGAUGAAUUUUUUAAACAUUUGUUAUUGUUAAAAACAUAAAAUUCUCUACAAACAAUUCUUAAAUGCUAAUUUGAAAUUCUAGAUUUUGAUUUCUUGGCAAUUAAUAUUUAAGAAUGUAAUGCCGAUAGCAUUACAUUAGCUAAUGCCAUCUAUAAUUUUGGCUCAUUUUUAAAAAGAUAGAAUGAAAAAACAUUAUUAAAUUGUCAUAAAGAUUUUUACAAUUUAUAAAUUCUCUAUCAAAAGUAUGUUGAUGAUAAAGAAUUUUCCAAGAAGGAUUUAAAUUCGAUUAUUGAUAAUAUUUAAUCUGGAGUCAUUAUUAUUUAAUAAGGAUAAUAUAUUUAUCAAGAAUUAAAGACUUUAAACACAGAUGAGUUCUUAAAAUCUAAUUUUGUUAAUAAAAAAGUACAAUCAAUUGAAUACUCUAAUAUUAUGUUAGAUUAUACAACUGUUUCUACUAUAGAUGAAUAAUUAAUUUCAUAGUUAAAAUUACCUAAUCUCUCUUAAUAUAUUCCUAUUGAAUAGCCAAAUUAUAAUUUUUACACUACUUAUUAAAUUCUUCAAGCUAAUAUUACUUUAUCAGAACCCUUACUCAUGAGUGAAUCUCCAAACGAUAUAGAACCUGUUUAUAAACCUCUUACUCCUUAUAUUCCAUUAGAUUUAGAUCAAUCUUAAAAAAAUUACUUAAUACCAAAUUUAACUCCAUUAUAGAUAUCUUAAGAAUUGUGGUGGCAAUACGAUAAUAGUACAAAUAGAGUGUUUCUUGGUAUUUUAUUCUACAAACCAAUAAAUGGUUAUAGCAUUGCAAAAUCUAAGGCAAUUUUAAAAGUGGCUUAAAUGUAUAUUGAAUAAUCUAAUUUGGAAGCUAUCUCGGCUGGUUUCAACUUUUAAGUAGAAAGUAGCUUAAAAGGUUUAUCAUUAAUGUUAUCAGGAUGGAGUCUAACAUUUGAAGCAGUUAAAAACUAAGUUUUAUAAAAUUUAAAAUAAAUAAAAGAUGAAUCUAAGUUUUAAAGUAUAAAAGAAGAUUUAAGAAGUUAGUUUUAAGAAUAUUACUUUUAAAAAACUCAAUUUUAUUUAAUUCAAUAUUGGUUACCAAAAUUGAUGUUAAGACCUGUAAAUGAUCCAGCAGAUAUAAUAAAAGAAUUUUAGGAUUUAAAAUAUAAUGAAUUCUCUUAAUUUUUAACUGAUAUGUUUUCAGAUAUUAAAUACACUGCAUUUAUCAGUGGGAAUAUUGAUAUUUAAAAUGCAAAAUAAUUAGUGUAGGAGUUUCAUCCUAAUGAUAUUGAAACUCUUACGAAAACUUUAUAAAUAGAAAAGAAUUUGAUUCAUAUAAUCAAAUUACCAGCUAAAUAAAAAUAAAAUGCUGUAGUAAAAUACUUUUCUGUUGGAUAAAGAGAUUAUCUAACAUUAGCAGCUUUAUUAUUGUUAUAAUUACAUUUUGAAUAAUAAUAAGCAAUAUAGGUUAGUUUUAAAAGUAUUGGUUGUGUAGAUGGAUUAUUAUUCUAUAAUUAAGGUACUGAUAGUGUAAUAAAAUUAAAUGAAUAAAUUCAAUAAUUAAUUGAAUAACAAAGAUUUAAUUUGGAUAAACUAAAAGAACAAUUAAUUUUACAUUAUUAAAAUAAUGAUGAAUUUUUAUGGGAUAAAAUUUAUAAUAGAAACUAUGCAUUUAAUGUAUGAUAUCAAUUAAUUGAUUUAGGAAAUUAUUGAGAUUAAGAAUUAAAUUGAAAAUGUAUAAAUAAGUGAUUUCCAUGGAAUACUUCAAUCAGAAACGCUGAGUAUUUUUGGAGUAACAGAGAGUUCCAAAAUUCCAAAUUUGCCAUCUGGCUAACAAGAUUAUUCAAAGGAAAAAGAGAAAUCAUAUUUUGAAUGUGCCUAUUAAUAUUAGUCUUAAUGA